AUGUUCCGUCGUUUGGUUCCUUUCCUUGCAGCCGCCGUGGCCUAUGAUCCCAAUGUCGAGAUCUUCUGGGAGUGGCCCACCAGAUGCUAUGGCUGGAAUGAACCAAUGGUUCAACGACUUGGAACCGAGAUGAUCAACGCCAACAAGGAGUGGCUCUUCGCUCGCAUUGAUGGGUGCGGAACAGCUCAACAGCUCGAAGCAAUGCCUCAAGAGCUUGAUGAUGAUGAGCCCAAUGAAGAACUCCGAAAGCAAUGGAACAUCCAGGCCAUUGCCUGGGAAAUGGUGGGUCUCGACACCACUGAGUGGACUCCACUAAACAGCAAGGUCAAACACAAGAUAUUAGUCCUCAUCAAUUUCGCCACACACUACAAAGCCGCCAAGAGACUUCGAACUAUGGAUCUCUACAAGCAGGAGAAUGAGAACACCACUGAGAUCCUCGAGGGCAUCUUCGAAUUUUGGCUUUCCUCAAAGCCAAAGAUGACCAUCUUGGUACCUGACAAUGCCAAGUCAAUGGUCAGUGCACAAGCUCGUACGACUCUCUCCGACCUCAACAUCCAGAUAGAAGCUCCACCAGCAAAAGAAAGCUGGAGUCAUGGCUUGAUGGAAAGAGCCGUUCAGGAAGUCAAGACAGUCGCAUCCAAGACCACCUUGUCCUUUCCAUCGCUCUCAGCAAAUGCCAUUUUGGCCCUCUCCAUUCAGUCGCUCAACGCCACUGAGAUUGUGCAAGGCUACACGCCUCACCAGUGGGUGUACGGGAAGCCGUUCAGCUUCUCGGACGAGGAUGAGCGUUCCAUGCAACAGAUCCUACCUGAUGUUCCUGGCCAGGACUUCAUUUCCAUUUUGACCAAUCGUCAGCAGGCAGAAGAGAUUGCGAAAGGCGAGAUCCCACUUGAUCUUGAACAAGCUCAGAGGCUCAGAAACUCCAAAGUCAGGCAACCGCUCCAGGUUUUGCAGCCCAUGGACUUGGUGAAGAUUUGGCGUCGCUACUCCACCAACGAGGUGGCCUUCGCAAGCUUGGCCAUCCUCAAUGGCUUGGGCCUGGCCGUGUGGUCUUCCAUGAAGUCAUUCAUGGGCAAAGGCCUGAAGAAGAAAGAAGACACAUCGUGUGGGUCAACGUGGCCGGGGCUAUGCACCGCUGUUCAGUGCACUCAGUCCGCAAGGUGA